AUGGCUCACCCCUUCGUAUCCGACUCGCACAUUCUUCAUCGCGCCAUGGCGAACCGCCCAGAGAAGGUGAUUUCAGCUUCUGGCGUCUCCCUCUUCCUCGAAGAUGGUCGCGAGAUCCUGGAUGCCUCAGCCGGGCCAUCCGUCUCUUGCCUCGGGUUCGGCAGGCCUGAGAUUGCGGAAGCUGUGAGCAGUCAGAUCAGCCAGCUCUCUUAUCUCUACUCGGGAGCACGGUUCACCUGUGAUGCCACGGAAGAGCUUGCCUCUCUGCUUCUGCAGGGACAGCCUGGAGGACUUUCCAAGGCUAUCUUUGUCAACUCUGGCAGCGAGGCUACUGAUGCUGCCAUCAAGCUGGCGACGCAAUACUGGCACGAAAGGGGUAUGCCCGAGAAGCGCCACUUUAUUGCGCGAAAGCAGAGCUACCACGGAAACACGAUAGGCGCGCUCUGUGUGUCGGGUCAUGACUCGCGUCGAGCCAUGUAUCGCGACUGGUUGUCAUCCAACGUCAGUUUCGUGGAUCCUUGCUUCUCUUAUCGGCUCAAGGGCCAUAAAGAGACCAACGAUGAAUAUGUCAAGCGCCUGGCAGACCAGCUAGAGGCUGAGAUUCUUCGAGUCGGCCGCGAGAGCGUCGCUGCGUUCGUGGCCGAGACAGUUAGCGGGACAACUUUGGGUUGUCUCCCCGCCGCGCCUGGGUACUUCAAGGCAGUUCGAACGAUCUGCGACAAGUACGAUGUUCUUCUCAUCUUGGACGAGAUCAUGUGUGGAAUGGGCAAAACUGGCACUAUGCACGCCUGGGAACAGGAAAACAUUUCAGGCCCUGACAUUCAGACUAUUGGCAAGGCUUUGGGUGGAGGGUACAUCCCCCUGUCUGGGGUACUACUCCGCAGCAAGAUCUUUGAUGCCCUUGCCGAUGGAUCAGGGCUUUUGGCCCAUGGCCAUACGUUUCAGGCGCAUCCGGUAGCUUGCGCCGCAGCGCUCGAGGUUCAGCGCAUCAUCCGCGAUGAAGACCUCCUCGGCAACGUGGCACGAAUGGGCCAAGUCCUCGAGGAACUCUUGAAAGAGGGGAUUGGUCCACUAGAGUAUGUAGGCGAUAUCCGGGGCCGAGGUCUCUUCUGGGCGGUCGAGUUUGUGCAGGACCGAGCUGCCAAGACCCCCUUUCCCGCGGGCCUAAGACUUUGCCACCAGAUUGUGGACAAGGCGCUUGACUUGGGCUUGAACAUUCUGGGGAACCUUGGUACAACAGGGGAGGUUCAUGUUGACCAUGUUAUCAUGGCUCCGCCGUAUGUGGUGACAGAGUCCGAGCUUAGGCGCAUGGUUGGGAUUCUGAGGGAGGCGAUCGAGGCUGUUACUCGUCAAGUUUGCCACACUGAGUCCGCGAGACUCUGA